AGACGGCACAAACACCAUUCAAUUCCAUGCUUGUGAAUCCGUAGGAAGUUUUUGAUAUUCUGUAUUCGGAUACUUUUGUGUUAGAGUGUUCUUCUCUUUGAUUUCGUAUCCUAUAAAUUGUGGCACCCUAAUAGUCCCGUAUCUGAUGGAAACGGAAUUGUGAUUGGGAAUAAAGUGCCAUGGACCCAAAUAAUAAUAACUGGGUUUAAUUAUUUUGGAACGAUGGUUUGGGCUCAUUUAGUUAUUAUUUCUAGUGCCGGAUUGUUACAUUUGGUAUCAGAGCCGGUUUACCGGCCGGAAUUGUGAGGUGAACCUCACAUCACUUAGUGAUUUUGAGUUAUAUGUGUGAUUGGGACGUGAAAACCUAAACAACGGCUAUAUAUGUGAUUGGACUGACGAGAACAUCAAGGUCUAAACAAGGGGAGUCUGUGACACCCUAAUAGUCUCCCAUUGGCGGGAGCCUGUGAUAUCCCAAUAGUCCUAUAGGAACGGGACUAUGAUUGGGAAUAUUAGGUGCCAUGGACUCUAAUAAUAGUAGCUGCGCUUAAGCACUUUAGGUUGGUGUUUUGGGUCGAACUAGUUAUUAUUGCUAGGGGCGGAUCGUUACAGAUACUUUAUUCCCUUUUCUGGUAUUGCUUUGUCUUAUCAUACCUGAAGUCUCAUUUCAGUUUAAGUCAAAGUGCAAUAUUAAGGUAAAAGUGUAUGGAACCCCUUCAAAUGUAGGCCAGUUGGAAUCGGACCACCAAAUUUUAUUAUUAUUAUUUGUGCAUUAACACCCCCUUCAACUCUCACUUGUUUUGAUAUAAAUAAUUUCGGUCAAUUGAAUUGGGAAUUCGACUAAAAUUGACUCUGUUCACUCUUGGUCCAUUCCAUUAAUAGAAGACACAGUUAUGCCAAUUAAUAAGUGAGAAACCUCAAAAACAAGUAAAAGUUGGAUGGGUGUCAAUGAAAAAGAAAAGAAAAGAAGACAUACCUUGAUUCAUUUUCUUCUUCCUUCAUUACCAGAGGUAGUAGAUUUAUCAUUCCUACUCUGGCAGAGAAUUUACUCGCUCUUCAAAUUGAAAUCAAAUCCAUGUAUUCUCAAGUCAAUUUUUGCAGCUCAUCUUGCAAAGAUAGUUGUGGUUGUUCUUCCUUCAAUGAUAAAUGAAAUCCAUUUGUUUGAUCAAACUACUGGUAACUUAAAACUCAGAUUAUGAAUUGAGGAACAUAACCCUCAAAAAGACAUUAUUAAUGGAUACAUACAGUGAUGUGGCAAAUUGAUGAAGAUGCCCCACAAAUGUAUUUUUUGGUGGGAAAAUGUUGGCCUAUAUUUAGAAGGUGUUUGUGCAAUGGUUAUUUCGCUCUUUAUAGCUAAAUAGUCUGUAAUAGUUUGCAGUGUGGUUGGUUCAUAUACCGACUUUUGAGGAUUAUACACCCGAAUUUGUUUAUCUUGAGGGUGGUAUAUUUAUACAAAAUUUCUUUUGGAAGAGCUCCAAAAUACAAGUUUAGAUAUCAAAAUAAGAAGCUCUAUUUUAAAACUUUUACUAUAAUAGUAUGCUGAUGGAGUGUUUUAAGAAAAGCUUUUAGCACUUACACGUGUUCAACUAAUUAACCCUAGUAACUCUUAACAAGACUUUUAUAUGAAGAAUUCUACAAACAUAACAAAAAGGGGAUUAAAAAAAGAAAAUGAAAAACUUCUUGUCCACAUCAAGGGUUUUUCACAAGUAUUUCUGGUAUAUUUAGGUAGGUAUAGGCCACAAGGUUUGCUUCCUCUUUGGAAAAACUUACUUUUCAAAGUACGACAAUUCACAUGUUAAUUCUCAAAGUGCAUGGAAUUCCCAUGGACUUUCUAGCUCCAAACAAAAGGAAUGGAAAAAUUUAAGUGAAUGAACUAGCAGGUGGAGUAAAACUUAUUAAGCUCUCCGAAUCAUCACCUGACAUUACUAAAUAUACAUAUACCUAACUCAACUUGGCAAAAUAUACUAGACUUGCAGUUUUGUAGCUCUCAUUCACUCUAUUAUGAGAAAGAUGGUUAGAUUAUGAAGGUGAACAAGGAUUGGGAGAUAACCAUUGGGGUGUGAGAUGAAGUGGAUUAAUUCGAACUUGAGCCAAGUUCAUGCGCGAUCGAUUGGAUCGGGAUUUCUCCUCGGAUGCUUUAUUAUAUUGUUGUUCUAUUUCGCAACGUACGAUCGAUAUGCGAGUUCUUUUGGUGCUGUUGAUUUUGAAGGACCAUCAACUCACGCGAGUUCUAAUCCUUCGGAAGAGAAGAUAAGCUCGGAAAAAUUAGGUGGUGAACAGGUUGAAAAUGUGAAGCCUCAGAAGAAACUAAUCUGCAACUUCGCAGAACCAAGAUCUGAUGUGUGUGAAAUGGACGGCGAUGUUCGUAUUCAUGGCAAUUUUUCUUCUAUAUACUUUAUUAAUUCCUUCGAGAGCGACACUUCAGUAACAAAUGAGACUUGGCAAGUCAAGCCUUAUGCUCGAAAACACGACCGCACGUUAAUGGAAAGAAUUCGAGAACUUACCAUAGCAUCUUCGCAUGAUCCUUUUGAUGCCCCUACUUGCACCGUAAAUCAUAGCAUCCCCGCCGUUGUAUUUGCGACAGAAGGAUAUACCGGAAACUUCUACCAUGACUUCACUGAUGUACUGAUUCCUCUCUUCAUAACUUCUCGACAGUUCGAUGGUGAAGUUCAAUUCCUUAUAUCACAAAUGCAUAUCUGGUGGGUUCACAAAUAUGAAAGGAUUUUUAAGAAGCUCUCGAACUACGAAGUUAUCGAUCUCGGUAAAGAAGUUAAAGUUCAUUGUUAUCCUCAUGCAAUUGUAGGCCUACACAGCCACAAGCCUUUAAGCAUCGAGCCCUCACGAGCUCCGAAUAACUAUUCCAUGGUCGACUUCGCAAAGUUCAUGCGGACGGCCUACGCUCUAGAUCGGGAUUCACCGAUAAGUUUGCGCGAAAACCCUAGAACCAACAAGCCAAGGCUUUUGAUCAUAGCAAGGAAUCGCACUCGGCAGCUAGUAAAUGCUGACGAAGUUGCUCGAAUGGCGGACGGGCUAGGGUUCGAAGUUGUCAUCGAGGAGGCCUCGUUCUUCAGAACGGUGGCGCAGUUUGCGCAGAUCGUGAACUCGUGUGAUGUGAUGAUGGGUGUUCAUGGCGCGGGCCUCACCAACUCUAUCUUCCUUCCUACUAAUGGAGUGCUCAUACAAGUAGUCCCAUUUGGUAUGCUUGAGGGCGCGAGUAUGGCGGACUUUGGGAUACCUGCAGGGGACAUGAAGUUAAAAUACUUGCAAUAUAGCAUAAGUGAAGAGGAGAGCACUCUCAUAGAGCUUUAUCCAAGGGACCACCCUGUGCUUAAAGACCCCAAGUCAUUGCACAAGCAAGGAUGGUCAGUCUUGAGCAAAAUAUACUUGCGUCAGCAAAAUGUGAGGCUUAAUGUCACAAGGUUUAGGCCUGUUUUAGUGGAAGCUAUGGGGCUUCUUAAUUAGUCAAUAGCAAUAAUGCUAUGGUUUGAUGUGUUUAUGGGGUGUGUACAAGCAAUUUGAGUUAGACAAAGGAGUUUACUUGGUUUAA